CUCUUCUUCUUCUUCUCCGAUCAAUUGAAGAGCAAGAAAAUGCAGGAAGAAGAAGGUGCAAUCAUCGUCGGAGCCGGGCCGUCCGGUCUCGCCGUCGCCGCCUGUCUGAACCUCCUCUCCAUCCCCAACACGGUUCUCGAAAGAGAAGAUUGCUUUGCUUCUCUGUGGAAGAAAAAAUCCUACGACCGUCUUCAUCUUCACUUGCCCAAGCAAUUCUGCGAGCUCCCUCACAUGUCAUUUCCCUCCUCUUGUCCCAAGUACGUUCCUAGGGACAUGUUCAUACAGUACUUAGACGACUAUGUCUCUCAUUUUAAGAUUAGUCCCCUUUACCAAAGGCGCGUUGAGUCGGCAACUUACGAUAAUGGCUCCAAAAAAUGGUAUGUUAAGGUAAAGAAUGGCGGUUCCGGCAGCACCGAAGAGUAUUUCGGUAGGUUUCUGGUAGUGGCCACCGGGGAAACAAGCGAUGUGUUUAUUCCGGCGGUCGAAGGUUUGAAAUCUUUUACGGGUGAUGCGAUUCACUCGACCCAGUAUAAAUCUGGGAAGGAUUACAAUGGGAAGAAUGUUUUGGUUGUAGGGUCUGGGAAUUCUGGCAUGGAGAUUGCACUUGACCUAUCAAACCAUGGUGCAAAGACCUCGCUCGUGGUUCGGAGCCCGGUUCACAUUCUGUCAAGGGAAAUGGUGAAUUUGGGUUUGACUUUGUUGAGGUACCUUCCGCUCUACAUGGUGGACGCAUUGCUCGUCUUACUUAGCCAGCUUUUCUACAGAGACCUUGGACAGUACGGGAUGAGCAGGCCUGAAGAGGGUCCCUUUUUUUUGAAAGUUAAGGAUGGAAAAUAUCCUGUUAUCGACGUGGGCACCUACGAGAAGAUUAAGUCUCGUGAGAUCCAGGUCUUGCCAGCAGUGACAAGCAUAUGCGGAAAUGAAGUGCAAUUUAGAAAUGGCAUAUCACAUCCAUUUGACGCUAUUGUUUUUGCUACUGGCUUUAAAAGAUCAACGAAUGUGUGGCUCAAGGGAGACAGUCACCUUCUGAAUGAGAAUGGGAUAGCAAAGCCAAGCUUUCCAAACAAUUGGAAGGGAAAAAAAGGUUUGUAUUGCGCUGGACUGGCAAGGCGAGGCUUGUAUGGAGCUGCCAUGGAUGCCCACAAUAUUGCUCAAGAUAUCAAGAACCUCUUUUAAUCUAUUACACUGCGAUAAAGGAUUGGUGCAUUGUAUGCAAAUCCAAGAUUAUAUUUAUUAGCGGGUGCAUGUUUGGCCCAGGGUUUUGGGAAUUUUAGUAUUUUAACCAUUUGGCAAUCCUUAGUGGUUUGCAAAAACAAUGUUAUGUUGUUGUAAGUUAUUUUGGAUAAGGGUUUUGUUAAAGGAAAAGAAAGGAAAAUAAGAAAAAUAUUUUGUUUUU